UUGUUCUUGCUUUUGGAGAGAUAAAUAAAUAAAUUUUUUUCUUAUUAAAACGUCACGGACUUAUUGGCUCUGUAGAUGUAUCCCAGGUAAGGUGUAACAUUUAAGGAAUUCUAUGCUGUGGUCUCUAAUAUGUUUCCCAAUUAUUUCAGGACCAGGGCGUCCCUACAAGGCUAUAGAUUUCUCACACCAAGGACCUGCCUUUGUUACCUGGCACCGAUACCAUUUGUUGUGGCUGGAAAGAGAUCUCCAGCGACUCAUUGGCAAUGACUCCUUUGCUUUGCCCUACUGGGACUUUGCCACCGGGAGGAACGAGUGUGACGUGUGUACAGACCAGUUAUUUGGGGCAGCAAGAGGAGAUGAUCCGACUCUGAUUAGUCAGAACUCAAGAUUCUCCAGCUGGGAAAUUGUCUGUGACAGCUUGGAUGACUACAACCGCCGGGUCACCCUGUGCAAUGGAACCUACGAAGGUUUGCUGAGAAGAAAUCAAGUGGGAAGAAACAGUGAGAAAUUGCCAACCUUAAAAGACAUACAAGAUUGUCUGUCUCUCCAGAAGUUUGACAAUCCUCCUUUCUUCCAGAACUCUACCUUCAGCUUUAGGAAUGCCCUGGAAGGUUUCGAUAAAGCAGACGGGACCCUGGACUCUCAAGUGAGGAGCCUUCAUAAUUUGGUUCAUUCCUUCCUGAACGGGACAAGCGCUUUGCCACAUUCAGCUGCCAAUGAUCCCAUCUUUGUGGUGCUUCAUUCUUUCACUGAUGCCAUCUUUGAUGAGUGGAUGAAAAGAGUCAAUCCUCCUGCCGAUGUCUGGCCACAGGAGCUGGCACCCAUUGGUCACAACAGGAUGUACAACAUGGUUCCUUUCUUCCCUCCAGUGACAAAUGAGGAACUCUUUUUAACUGCAGACCAACUUGGCUACAGCUAUGCCAUUGAUCUGCCAGUUGAAGAAAUUCCAGGUUGGACCCCAACUUUCUUGGUGGUUAUGGGGAUACUGGUGGCUUUGGCUGGUCUUUUUGUGCUGCUGGUUUUCCUUCAAUAUAGAAGACUUCAAAAAGGAUAUACACCCCUGAUGGAGACACAUUUAAGCAACAAGAGAUACACGGAGGAAGCCUAG